CCCAGCGGGUGCUGUAAACAGUACGUUGGCGGUUCACACCAGUUCAGAAGUAAGGUAUCUUAAAUUGCACUCGACAAUGUUGUGAAUACUUUAAAAUGCUUGAAGCCAUACUUGAUGCCUUCCAUAACGUGUAAAGUAAGAAGUUAGCCUGUGUUAAAAAGUGGUGAUCCCUGCAGAUUACCAAGGCAUCCAGUCUCCCAGCAAGUGCCAAGAGGUAUUCAUUCAAUGCUCCGCUGACACCAAUUUGCCCAAAGAAUAUUUAUGUGGGAGACUCCUCAGAUUGUGGAGACCCCAGAUUGUGGAGGCUCCUGGGCAGCUGGUCUUUUUGUGGACUCCUAAAUCUGGCACUGAACAAAAUUCUCUCUCUCUCUCUCUCUCUCUCUCUCUCUCUCUCUCUCUCUCUCUCUCUCUCUCUCUCUCUCUCUCUCUCUCUCUCUCUCUCUCUCUCUCUCUCUCUCUCUCUCUCUCUCUCUCUCUCUCUCUCUCUCUCUCUCUCUCUCUCUCUCUCUCUCUCUCUCUCUCUCUCUCUCUCUCUCUCUCUCUCUCUCUCUCUCUCUCUCUCUCUCUCUCUCUCUCCUCAACUCUCAACCACUGGAUGGUAUAUCAGUUCACACAGCAAGAAGCCAAGGACCCACCGAGGCUGUCACUUGGAAGAGGUCAUUGUUGUUGCAUCCAGCAUCCCAGCCUGACUGCCUAGACAGGUCCCGCAGGUUGCUGAAUGGCAGAGGUGCAGGCUGCUCCACAGCAAGAUGUGAGACCAGUGUGGCAGAGUAUGAUGUGUACACAAUGAGGGACACACUGUAGCCAACCCAGUAGAUUACCCGUGCUGCAGUGCUGAUUGGGUCCUCACCUUGUUGUAGGAGAGCUGACAACAUGUACCAGCCAGCAGCAACUCCCAUGCUAACAGGCUUCUCCCCCGUGGGUAUGUAGCACCUCUGGAGUCGCUCGAUGAAGAAGAGGAUGCUGGCGAGGCCUGUCGUGUUAGCCGGGAUGCGCCGGUACAGAGCUGUGUCCGUUGGGGUUGUGUAGGCAAACAUCUUCUUGGCAAGGUCCUCGUGGGUGGCCGCAAACAGUUUACGGCUGUGGGAUGAGAACUUGUCUUGUGAAUGUGACAUUGGGGUGAGUGUUAAUCUGAUUUUGUGUUACUAUGUUCUGUGGGGAGUGGGUGUUAAUGUGAUUUUUUGUUAACUGAAUGCUGUGUCUGACCUCCUGAGGUGUAGUAUGGUGGGCCACAAGAUUGUCCCUUUCCACUAGGGGCUGACAGAUGAUAUUAAGAGUGUGAAUGUGUGUGUGGUGCCUUGUUUGGGCCAUUUUGUGUGUGAUUGCCAGCCUGAUGUAUAGACAGCUAAAUCGUUAAUAAUAAUGAAGUUAAGAGUGUGAAUGUGUGGUGAUUUGUCUGCGGUGUCUUGGGGAGGAUUGUUGGCCUGGUAUAUAGAUAAAUAGAUUAGAAUUUGGAUUAACAGUGUCAAUGUUGUAUGUGAGUGUAUAGUGUAGUGUCUGGGCCACCCUGUAUAGGACUGCCAGCCUGGCAUAUAGAUAGAUCAAUCUAAUUAUUUGACAUUUCAUAUUCUGAACAUUUUGCUGAUCCAAUUAAUCUGUUAAGGGAGCACUUUGUUCAACAUCUUUAAAAUAUUAUUUGAUCAUCACCUGUAUCUCUCACCUGAUGAUAUAGAUAGGCUGGGUGUAGGUAACAACUUUCAACCUCUCCUCAGUGAUGGACAAUUCAGAGACAGUGAGGUCAGCUUCCCCUGACUGCAGAGCUCCUACCGUGCCCGUCCACUCGUUGCUUGAGUUGUCCUUCAGUUUCCCGUAGGCAUAACCUUCCAGUACAUUGAAACUGACUCUGUACAAGAGAGAGAGUGGGAGAAAAAAUAGUGUUGUGUAUUGAGGGAAAGAAAAUUUCUGUCUUGUCUUCUCUAUUUAGGGAAAGAAAAGGAAAAGGGCAAGUAGUGUCAUAUGCAUGGAGGAAAAGGAAAAUUAUUCUCAUAUGCACUGAGCAAAAAGGAAAAGUACUGUGAUAUGUACUAAGGGAAAGGCUGGGUGUACUGAAGGGAAGGAAAAAUACUGUUGUCGUAUUUAUUGAGGAAAAGAAAGAAAUACUGUCGUAUGUACAUUUUUUAAUUGCUAGAAAGAAAAGUGAAAUAUACAUUUAUAUGUAUAGUUUAUUUUUCAUAUCAGUCACAAGUAUGGAUGUUUGUUUCCCUUCUUUUUUUUCACAUGUACAGCUACCUCCUCAAAUAGCAUGUAUUUUCAAAAUUUCAAGCUGCUGUGAUGAUGAAAAAAGCCUGAAAGAAAAAUGACAAGGAACAAAAAGUAAUGAGAAUAAGUUUUGUGGCAACUAUUCAUUAGGUGUCACUUUUUCACUCCUCCACUUAGACCGGUACAGUUGAACGCAAAAUGUGAAAACUUACGAGAAAUUGUGUGCAUCCCUUAGUGCAGUGACAAUAUCCCCCACAAAACCAGUGAUAUUUCUUUGACUGGAGGUUAGUUCAAUAAUUUUGAAGGCUGGGAUUAAUUUUAAUGAGGGAUGAGAGGGUGGAAGUGACUGGAGUAUAGGUUAAUAAUUCUACCAGCUGGAAAGGAUUUUGAGGGUCAGAGGAAAGUGAUUGGAUAUUAGCUUGAUAAUCGUGCUUGGUGAGAUUAAUUUUAGUGAGAGACUAGAUGGUGGGAGGAUGAUAUUUAGAGGUUAGUUUGGUAAUUUUGCCAGUUGGUAUUAAUUUUUAGUGAGGGAUGAGGGUGUCAGAAGAAUGUGACUGGAGGUUAGUUUAAUAAUUCUGAGGGUGGGAGGAAAGUAAUAGGGGGUUAGUUUAAUUUUGGUGAUGGAUGAGAGUGUGAGUGGAAAGUGUAGCUGACCACAUAAUUUAUCAAAUAAUACAAGCAUGUACACAUUCUUAAUAAUGUUCCAUGUUAAGAUAUACUAAACAUGAAGUUACUCCACAAUAUAUGAUGGUGUAAAUUACGAAUGGUUAAAGUCGAGACUUGUUUGAUGAUGGCCUGUUUGCUUGCUCCCCUUGGACGUGCGGCAAGUGCAGCAGCGUUCGACCGUUUCUCUAGGGGCAAGCGACACCUCCUGGUGGGGGACUUCAAAUCUGCUGUCGCUGCCUUCGAGGAGGCAACAGAGUCCCUGGUGGAGCUGUGUGGGGAGCAGGCGCCCGAGUGUGGUGACGCGUACUGCCGCUGUGGCCGUGCAUUGCUGGAGCUGGCACGCAAGGAGGCAGGGGUGCUGGGGCCAGAUCUGGAUGGUGCCAGUAGUCAGGAGGGAAGCACAGGGGAAGAGGAGGACGAGGAGGAAGAGAGUUAAGAGUCACAAGAGGAGGAGGAAGGUGGAAAGAAAGAGGAAGGAGAGGAGGAGGAGGAGGAGGAGGAAGAUGGAGAAGGAAAGGAGAAAGAUAAGAAGGAAGGAAAUGCCGCAGAAGGAGAAGAGCAAUAAGACAUUAGAAUUGACAGAGAAACCAGACAAGGGACUGCAUUUGAAGAAGCACAAGAACCAAGAAAUUACAUCAUUCAAUGAAAUGACAACAUAAUCUAAAAUAGAAAUAAAAAACGUCACAAGACAGAAUAGUGAGCUGCAUGCACUUAUCACAGAGUAUAAAGUCACUCCCUCAGAGGAAAAAAGACAAGGAUGGCAUGUCUUCAUGUGAGAACUCAGAAGCUAAAUGUACAGAUACCAAGGGGAAAUUGCUGGGUCAAGUGGCUACACUGACAUCUGAGGUUAGCAGGUUGGAGAGUGAGUGCAGCAGUCUUCAGGUUCAGCUAGACUGUGAGAGGGAUAAGUAUAACAAACUGCUGGGAGAAUCUCUUGCUCAUGAAAAGUUGUCUGAAGAUGUCAUAACUGAACCAAAAGGAGAAACAACAGGAUUGGGAGGAAACUGAGCUUUAACAGAAGCUGCAACAACUGCAGGAGGCUCACAGGGUCCUGGAGAGCAGGUUAACUUGCAGCAUGAAGGAGGUGGCUGAGCUAAGUGACAGGAAGUAGCAGCUUGAGCAUGCUGUAGUGCAUGAGAAGACAGAGUCCAUCGGUGACUACAUCACCAUCUACCAGUUGCAGCGAGGAGUGAUGAAGCAACAAGCUCGAGAACGCGAGUUAGACCUUGCCAGCCUCCAUCAUGAAUGAGAGGAAAUGAAGCAAAACCACUCUGCAGGAUUUGAUAUCAAAGCUGGUGCAGGAAAAGGAAGCAGAUCAUGACCUUCAGCAGCUCGAGAAGAUAAGCAGCGUCCUUAAGAGUCCAGUUGCUAUCUUUAGCAGUGUUGGAACCAGUGAGUCUGAGACACCCACCAGCAGUGGAAAGCUGGCUGACGAGCGCCUCAAGCACUCUGAAAAGGUGGAGCAACAACAAGAAACAGAAAAUUGCAUCCAUCAUUCUUUGCCUGAGGAGGGAAUUGAUGCUCUGUUGACCCUUCACACUGAUGUCCCUCAUGAGGAGGCAGAAUAUGAAUCCUACAGAACUUGCCCAUAGAAAGACCAAAACUGUUACUGCUGCCACACUGCCACCACUUCCACUGACACCAAAAGCCCAACUGUGCAGAGAAUCCUGGACCUCCGCAAUGAAAUGGAGUCCACCAGUCACCUGGAGCACUUUAGCCUCCAAAAGUUCCAUCCGUGUCCAUUGUGUUUGGGUAAACUUAUCACUGUAUAAGGGGACAAGUAUCAGUGUAUGGUUACUAUAUACUCAUUUGUACUUAAAGAUGUCAUGUCACAUCAUUCUCUCUCUCUCUCUCUCUCUCUCUCUCUCUCUCUCUCUCUCUCUCUCUCUCUCUCUCUCUCUCUCUCUCUCUCUCUC